UUUAAAGAAUUCAAGUAUACUAGUGUUCACAAAACUUUAGUUUUGGCGGUAUUACCCUCUAUUGAUGAAAAUUAUGCAAACAUAAAAAUGUUGUUGGAUAAAUUAAAACUUAAUUCUCUGGAUUACUCUAUUUCAGAAGAUCUAAAGGUUCUUCUUCUGAUGGUUGGAAAGCAGUCAGCAGCUUCGAAGCAUCCUUGCCCAUUUUGUGAAACAGAAUCGCCAAAUAUGCUGAGAGCUAAGUCAUAUUCUCUAACUUCUCUGUGUGAGUGGUGUAACAAAUGGAUGGCUGCAGGAGGAAACAUUGCAAAAGCUAAAAAUUUUAGUAACGUAGUUAAUCCUCCUUUAUUGACUGGAAAUGUAACAAAGAAGAUCUUAGAAAUUGUUAAUAUACCAGGCUUACAUAUUUUGCUAGGCAUAGUAGACAAGUUACUCAAAAUAAUUGAAAAAAACUUGUUUGAGGACACUAAUCAAGGAUUUAAUUUUGUAAAUAGUUAUCUAUCUACAAUUAAUCUUGCCAGAGUACCUUAUCAAGGUAAACACAGGUUAGAAGGAAAUGCAUCCAACAAGUUUUUAAAAAAACUUGAUUGCUUUCAAAUAUAUCUGGAUGAGCACAAUAUUAUUGGUGGCAAAUAUAUGAAAGCUUUGAGAGACUUUAGCGAUGUUGUUCACGGGUGUUUUGGGAAAAUAUUAAAUCCAAACUACUCUGAUUAUAUUAAAAGAUUUUCACAAAGUUUCAGAGAUCUUGGUUCAAACAUUCCUCUUAAAGUUCAUAUAGUGGAGCAUCAUGUUGAAGAGUUUAUUGUUAUGAAAGGAGGAAAGUUUGGUUUAGGGUAUUGGACUGAGCAAGCAUUGGAAUCAGUCCAUCAAGACUUCAAACAAUUUUGGGAAAUACGAAAGAAUUCUUUCAUUACAAAUCCAAAGAUGAUUCUAUAUGGGCAUUGUAUUCCUGUAGACCUACAUUAUCCUCUUCAAUAAAAAAGAAAGCUAACUUUUAAGAAGUGAUAAAUUAGUCAAUGUUCUGACUAGAAUGCCCAAAUUAUUAUCAGAAUUUAUAUCAAAAUACGAUCCUCAAAUUGUCAAUCCACUAGAUCAAACAACCAAACAAAUUAUAUACAGCUAUUUAAUCCACUUGCAGGGGUCUUAGGGCGAGUCAGAGGGGCAUUAAUCUCUAGUUAAAACAUGU